ACAACUCCCAGCAGGCCCCGCGGCGCGCGGGGAAGGCCGGGGCGGCGGCGGGAGGCUCAAGGCGGCGGCUGAUGGCGGAGGCCGCGGCCAUGGAGAAGCUGCAGGGGGUUACUUCAUGGCUAAAGAAAGUGUUUGAGAACAAGCCUAUUCCGCCAUACGAAGUGAACGCCCAGACCGUUGAUAUCUUGUGUAAGCUUAAAGAAUACAGUGAAGCCAGAGACAGAGGUCUUGCUUUCCUGAUAGAAGACAUGAAGCAGCAGGCAACAGAAUACGAAGCAGAGGCUAAUUAUCUAGAGGGUCUUCUCACAGAAGGCCUGGGUAUUUCAUUAUCCAGUCUGUCCAGCAAAGGCAUCGCCUACCUCAGCACCCUGGUAAACAGUGCAAUGACACUUGAAACGAAGGACACCUCUCUUGCCAGCUUCUUCUGUGCCAUCAAUGAUAUGAGUUCCAAGCUGUAUACAACAGAAUCAAAAAACAGAGAACUGGAACUGGAGUUGAACAAAAUUAAGAAAAAACUAACUGCUGCACUGGUGCUGGAAAAGCAGUUAAAGGGGGAUCUUCAAAAAACAAAGGAACAUCUUGAGGUAGAAAGAGCCAAGGCUGAGAGACAAUCCCUAAACUUGAAUUUCCUGAGAGACAAAUACAAGGAUUUCAAAAUCAGGAUUAAGGCUGCUGAGGAGCAGCUUGCUGCCAGCGGGUUGGAUCCAUCAUUGACGCAUCAGUCACUAGUGAGCAUGUCUGAGAAACUGGAUGAAAUGCAGACAGAAGUUGUGCUUUUGAAGAAGAAACUUGAGUCCUACCUAGAUUUAACUCCUAGUCCUUCCCUUGCACUAGUGAAGAUUGAAGAAGUAAAACGAGAACUGAAUGAUGUGGAGGCAGAGUUCUCAAAGCAAAUUGACAUGCUGACUCUUGAGAUGCCAGAACCCAGACAAUACGAGUUCACCUGAAGUGGCUUGAAUGGAAGAUCUAUUUUCCAAACUUCUAUUUUACUUGCACUAGUUUGGACUUACUGUACUUCUGCCGCUUUCUGCCUUACUCUUCUUGCUGUUCGAUGGCAUACUUGUGACCUUUCAGUAAGUGUAAUCUUUUUGUAAGGGUUCAGGUGGCCAUGCAUUUGUAAAUGUCACUUUUUUCAUAAAAUAACUUGCAAGCUUCUUGUUUUCUCUAUCAGUUAUUUUUCCGUAUGUGAUAGAAACCUGUAACCAACUUCCAGAUGGCACCUUCACCAGGAACUGUCCCUACCAGCAUCUGGUAGGCCCUUACCACACAGAAUUGAACUAACUGUCUGGCUUUACUUUUUCUCUGUAUCUGGGCUCUGGAUUGUAUUUUUUUUUUUUUAUUCCCCUGGAGUCCUUCCUUUGGUGACGCAAAUAUGGUAAUGACAGAUGCCUCGCACCUACUAGACCAUCGGCUUUUGCUCUCUUCUUAUUUCAGAAUUGGAGAGCCAUCAAUUUUUU